CUUAACUUUUUCAAUUAAAUGUAUUAUGGAUUAUUCUUCAUACAAUCCUUAUCAACAUUAUAGAAAAAAGUCACCUACAACUUAUGAUAAUAUUAUUGAUCCAUAUCGUAGACAUACAUCGCGACCUUCUGAUACCAAUACUAUAGAACAAGAAGUCCUUCAUUCAAGAACUGCUUCCGAUAGUAGUACUAGUCGAUUAGCUACUAAUGGUAUUACAUAUACUUCCCGUGAAUACGAUGACGAUCCUUAUGCCAUAUCCAAAAUACCCAACAACAAUAACAACAACAACAAAGAAGAUAAUAAUGAUAUCCACACUAACAACAAUAAAAUACCAACUGUCAAUCCUUACCAUAGAGCUAAUUCUUAUUUACCCUAUUCUCAUCAUCAAAGAGAUCCAACACAACAAAUAGCUCCUAUUUAUGUGGAAGACGACCAACAACAAAGUAUUCAAGGUGUGGGAUCUAUGUUACAUGAUACUUUUAGCGUUGACAUGACUACCAACGAAAUUAGAAGACAAAAAACUACAGCAACUUCUGAUUCUGAAAAACGCAAUAAAGACUUUCUCCUCCUAAUUGAUCAACAAAAGAAAAAAAACAAUGUUUUACAUCGAAGGUGUUAUGGUAUGACUGGACGCAAUUGGUUUAUAGUGAUUACCACAUUUUUGGUUCUUUUUACUCUAUUGAUGUAUUUCUUGAUUCCUCGUAUGCCUACAGUGACAUUCUCUGGUGCUGAUACAACUCAAAGACAAACAUGGUCUCUCGACAGAAACACAAUGACAGCACAAUGGACGGUGAAUAUGACACUUGACAACUCACAAAAUUGGAUUCCCCUUUGGUUACAAGAAAUGUAUGUAGAGGUAGCGGAUAAUGAUACGCUUACAAUGAUUGGUUCAGGUAUGGCUCAACCCACUUGGCUUUCACCACGCAAUUCUCAACAACUCAUCAAUAUACCCAUUAAUAUCAGUUACACUGGCAAGAAUGUAUCUGACGAAACUAUCAGUGAUUUAUUUGCUACUUGUGGUCCUCAAAUCUCCCUACCUGGUCCUUCCUUUACUAAACCUGAACUUUUCAAUAUUACUUUUGAUAUUGAUCUUCGUAUACAAGGUGUUCCCUGGUCUUCUCAUACCAUUAUUGAACCUAGUGAUGGUAUUCAAUGUCCUGCUUGAUACUAGUAUAUCAAUAGUUUUGAUUUUUUUUUUUUUUAGUUUCUUCAUUUGUACUAUAUAUCUAUUUAUAC